GGUUUGAUGUUUCUUCGUCAAAGGCUUUGGGGUUUUUUUUUUAUAACUAUAAACCCAAAAAACCCACACGGCUUUCGUUUUCUUUUUGUCUGACUUUGAAUUCGCGUACAAAUUAAGUAUCUUUCUUUAUUCAAAACACGUCUUACAUAUACUUUUUGAGGGAUUAAUAUCUCAGGAUUCGGGGAAUUUAUUUUGAUUACGAAGAGUUAUCGUUUUGGUAUAUUCUUCUUUGGAUUGAAAGCAAUAAAGGGUGCGAUUGAGGAUAUAUUAUUGAUUCAACCAUCGUCGACGACUUUGUUUCUGGGUUAAUUUGCUUGUUUUCUGAUCAGGGUAUUUUUCUGAUUACACCAUUGCUGCAGAUUAUUGGCCUGUUUGACAUAAAAGCUUCCUUGAGCAUGAACAAAUAAUUUGUACUAAUGGGUUGGCUUAGCAAAAUUUUUAAAGGCUCAAACCAUAAAGUUUCUGAAGGUUAUGACCGGAGAGGUGGAGCAAAUACAGUUGGGAAUUUUCCUUCUACGUCAUGGGAUCCAUGGUCAGAGAUUGAAGAUAUAGACCAUGCUAUUGCACUAUCCCUUUCAGAAGAAGAACAAAAAGGGAAAAAUGUGAUUGAUAAUGAGUCUCAACUGAAAGAGGAUGAACAACUUGCCAGAGCUCUACAAGAAAGCUUGAAUGUUGGGUCUUCACCCCAUUAUGGAAAUGGAAAUGGAAAUGCAAAUAGAAAUAUUCUUCAACCUAUACCCUUUCCCUAUGCAACAGGAUUCAGGAUAUGUGCAGGUUGUAACUCUGGGAUUGGUCAUGGACGAUUUUUGAGUUGCAUGGGUGCAGUUUGGCAUCCAGAAUGUUUCCGAUGCCAUGCUUGCAACCAACCAAUAUCUGAUUACGAGUUCUCAACGUCUGGGAACUAUCCUUAUCACAAACAUUGCUACAGGGAGCACUAUCACCCGAAAUGUGAUGUUUGCAAGCACUUUAUUCCAACAAAUGCUGCUGGUCUUAUCGAAUAUAGGGCACAUCCCUUUUGGUCCCAGAAAUACUGCCCUUUUCAUGAGCAUGAUGGAACUCCUCGGUGCUGCAGCUGUGAGCGGAUGGAGCCACGGGACACAAUAUAUGUAGCCCUUGAUGAUGGUCGGAAGCUUUGUCUUGAGUGUCUGGACUCUGCAAUCAUGGAUACCAAAGGAUGUCAACCCCUUUAUCUAGAUAUACGUGAAUUUUAUGAAGGUUUGAACAUGAAAGUGGAGCAGCAAGUUCCAUUACUCUUGGUCGAGAGGCAAGCACUAAAUGAAGCAAUGGGUGGAGAGAGACAUGGCCAUCAUCACAUGCCUGAAACUAGAGGCCUCUGCCUGUCGGAGGAACAGACUGUCAGCACAAUUUUUAGGCGACCAAGGAUCGGGGCUGGAAAUCGAGCCAUGGGCAUGAGAACUGAACCCUUUAAGCUGACUCGUCGGUGUGAAGUGACCGCGAUUCUCAUCUUAUAUGGCCUUCCAAGGUUACUGACUGGAUCAAUCCUAGCUCAUGAGAUGAUGCACGCAUGGCUCCGACUCCGUGGUUAUGGAACUCUCAGCCAAGAUGUUGAAGAAGGCAUCUGCCAGGUGCUAGCUCACAUGUGGUUAGAAUCCCAGAUAAAGUCCUUAUCGGGCAGUAACUUUGCGACAACCUCGUCCUCCUCGUCCUCUUUCACAUCAUCUAAGCAGCAGGGGGGAAGAUCUCCAUUUGACAGGAAGCUUGGGGAGUUUUUCAGACACCAAAUUCAAUCGGAUACCUCACCGGUGUAUGGAAAUGGAUUCCGAGCUGGUAAUCAUGCGGUGCUUAAAUACGGGCUUCCAAGGACCCUGGACCAUAUUCGGAGGACGGGUACCUUUCCUUAUUGAAGUAUUAUGUCAAAUUUUUUCGAUGAAUUCCACUUCUUUUUUAUGGGUAAUUUUUGGGUUUUUUUCACAUUAGCAUAUUACGCAGACCUCUAGAAAUUCUCUCAAUAGAGUAGUUCUUAGAAUAGCCUAGGUUUUUACACGGCAGGGAUUUGAGCAGAGCGAAUGUUGAAGGCUUUGUGUGGCGUUCUUAUUUUUAAUGAACAGUAAUAGUCAAUUGUAGAAGUAGAAUGAGUGGCUGCUCUGCUUCAGCAGAGCGGUGGCUUGUGUAACGAUAUGGCUGGAGCUCUUUUAAUACGUCGGAGGACUGCUAAUUUUUUCAUUUAUUAAUUAAAUCAUUGUUUAUUUUUC